AUGAGCAUAAUUAAACAAAACUCAUACACAGAGGUUCCAGACGAUUGGAGGAAGGUCUUGAGGAAUACUCCAUUUACUGUGAUUGAUUGUGGAGUGGAUGUGACUUUUCAAAACUGGACUGAUCACCUCUCGUCACUUUACCCAAAAAAAUGCCCAUUUCCCACCAGACCAAUUCGAAUGUUGAAAUUUUCAGCAACUGGAAGAGAUCUUGUGUUUUAUAAACAAUCUUUUUUUGGCAUGUAUACAUCUUCAGCACUUCAAGGGAAUAGAAAACCACAAAGGAAAAACACCAAGAACUCUUCCGCUCCUGUUAAGCCACUGGAAAAUUUGUAUAGAGGAAAACUUCCAAUAAAAGCUGCAAAACAUCGCGAUCUCCUCCAUUUAUGUCAGUUCUUGGAAAGUUCAGAGGCAACAAUUUUCUACCAAAAUUUAACUUCAGACAAAGUUCUCAAUGGAGAAAGUGAUGAGGAAUUCGCUGACGACCCCCCGAUGGACGAGUAA